GGGGCAAGAGAAAGAUACAGAGAUACAGAGAUCGAGAGUUAACUUUAAUUGUGACCACCAGAAACACAGAAAAGGAAAAUGAUCCAGAUCUGUUGUGAUAAACUUCUUGCAUUUCACCUACUUCUCAUCUUCUUCCACCUCAUGUCAGUGGUGAAAUGUGGGUCAAACGAGAUCUUGACUUUCACAGCGAAUGAAAGUGGAAAAGUUGAAAUACGGUGUCCAUAUGAGUCAGGAUAUGAAGAAAAUAUAAAGUAUCUCUGUAGGGGCGGAUGUAAAAUACUAAAUAAAAACAUACCUGUAAGUUCUGGAUCGAUAACCAAUGAUAAAAGAUUCUCUCUGAUUGAUAACUCAACGACUCACGUCUUUACUGUCACCAUCACUGAUCUGACACCAGAAGAUGGAGGCACAUACUGGUGUGUAGUAAAGACAGGCUUUGGACUCUUUGAUGACUAUAAAGAGAUUCUACUGGAAAUUAAACAAGGUUCGAUAACCACAAUGACGACGAUGUCAACAAAAACUCAAACAGUCUCCAUCUACUCAAACCAACCGGGAUCUACCCAUAAUACAGUCAUCACUUUGGCUUUGUCAUCAUCAUCCUCAUCGUAUUCAUCACAUUCACAUUCAGUGCCAAGAAAACUGAAAUCAGAUUUUAAUGUGGUCAUCAUCCCGCUGUCUGUAACAGUAAUUCUGCUUGUGUUCGGACUUUCACUCUUUGUGGCCUUCAGACACAGACAAAAGUGUAAAGAUCAAGAGUCUUUACUUAUUGGUAGUGACAGACUGCAAGAAAAUACUGAAAAUAAUGUUUAUAUUAUCUCUGGCUAUGAUGGACCUCAAGACGGCAAACAUCACCCUGAGUCACUACCCACAAACCCUUCUGAGACAGUGAGAUCUGUUUAUGCCAUGCCACAAUUACCCACAAACUCUUCUGAGACAGUGAGAUCUGUUUAUGCCAUGCCACAAUUACCCACAAACUCUUCUGAGACAGUGAGAUCUGUUUAG